AUGAACCAAGUCGAAGUUGGUGGGCAUGUAACACCUGAUGCCAACGAGGGCGAAGAGUGGAUAUCGGUGUACGAGGAGAGGGAUCCCCAGAGGUUCUACAACCAUGCCCGAAAGAUUGUCAGUAUCGCGCAACCUGACCAGCGUUGGUUCCAAGAUGUACUAUCAGCUUCUGGCCUGAGGGACCUCUGUCAGGUUGGCUACGUGACGAUACCUAACGGGAUGCUGAUGGAAUUUGCGGAGAGAUGGCAUCAGAAGACUUCCUCAUUUCAUCUUCCUCACGGUGAGAUUACCAUCACACUUGAUGAUGUGGCAUGCCUCCUACAUCUACCUAUCAGGGGUAUCUUCCUUGAUCAAGGUAGGGUGACGAAGGAGGAAACGAUGGAGAUGUUGAUUGCGGAGCUGGGGGCUGAUCCUACUGACGCGCUUGAUGAGGUGGAGAGGACCCGCGGGAUGCACGUGAGACUUUCUUUCUUGCAGCGGAGAUAUGAUGAAGCGCUGCGUGCGGCACAUGAGGCUUUUGGUAACGAGGCUUGGAUACUACAGCACUUCCCAGACAUUAUUGGCUGGGGAGAGGUGCCUACCUACACUGAGCUCAUGUCGUGUGCCAGUGCAUUCAGCCCCCUCAGAGGGAACCAGGUGUCAGAUCCUUACAGGCGCGGACUUGAUCGCAUGGCUGUCGAGGACGUUAGAUAUGACUGUUAUGCUUAUGACUGUGAGAUGGUUCCGUUUGAUGAGAAAACACUAUACUCUGGAUGGUUGGCCGCCAGCUCGACCAUUAUUAGGCGUGUGGUGGAUGUUAUGAUUAGGCUGGCACAUGAGGCAUUUAUGUACGGUAGACAUCGUGCCAGGACUGGUGGGGCACUUGACGCUAGAGGCAAAGCCACCAGAGGGCAUGGUGGACGCAGAGGCGGGGCCAGAGGUAGAGGAGAGGCGCAGGAUGAUGUCUGA